ACGGCGUGGGUGAGUGAGUGGUAUGUAGCACGAGGAACAGCAACGCAUGCACCGGGCUUCCCCACUCCCCAGGCCUCGACGACGCUCUCUUGGUUUCCACAUCGCUCCACCGUGACUGUCUCGCCCGUCGUACGGUCGCGUACAAAUCGCUGCGAGCCUCGGGAUCGCCGCAAUGGCCCCGCCGCACUAGGGCUGUUUGCUCGCGGAUACUCGCGAUUGUCCUUCCGUGUCUUGCGACGGUCGUCGUCGCUCUCCUGCCGCGCGUCGUCCAGUCCAUCGCUCUCGCCGACUCCCAAGCGGCGGCGCUGCUGGAGUGCGCGUCGGAGUGGGGGAUGAGCGCGAUGGGGUGGGCGCAAGGCGCGGAGUGCGCGCAGGCGCAGGCGAUCACAUGCGACCGGGACGGCAUGGUGACGUCACUGGACCUAAACCGCAACAACUUCACGGGCCCUAUUUUCAACGUCGUGUCCAACAUGCCAUCGCUAGUCGACCUCAAGCUCUACCACAACCGUUUCACAGGGCCCAUCCCGCCCGCCAUCUCGCGCCUGCACCGACUAACCCACCUCUACGCAUCCGCCAACACCAUCACAGGCAGCAUCCCCACGGCCCUCGCUGCCCUCCCCCGCCUCAAGUUCCUGUCUCUGAGUCAGAACCCCAUCACGGGCUCUCUGCCUGACGCCCUCUCCCGCCUCACCGCCCUCGAACACCUCACGCUCAGCGAAACCAGCAUCACGGGUCAGCUGCCACGCUCCCUCUCCGCCCUCACCCGCCUCACCACCCUUGACUUGCUCAACAUGAAGCUUCAAGGAAGCAUCCCCGCCACUUUUGGAGCCCUCACUAACCUUGUGUCCUUAUACUUUUCCGGCGCAACCUGUCCACUCGAGGGCAGCUGUGAAAUUAAUCAGAACCGUUCAUCUGUGUUCUGCAGAAUCUGCUCAACCUUCUGCUCCUCAUGCAUCCCAAUCAAUGGUCAGGAUCACAUCAAACAUGCAUCUUCCGAAGAGGGGGAGAGGAUGCAGGUGCGCCCAUGCUCAAGCCCCCUCCGUGCCCUCGCAUACCCCUUGCUGACGUCAUCCGGGCCACCAAUGGGUGGGCAGAGGGGCGGAGGGUGGGGGGAGGCAGGUGGAGUGACGUGUACAGGGGGGAGCCUUGAGACGAUGCUGCAGUCGCCAGGCGCCAGCCCCCUGUCGCUGCGGCAGCGCGUGGACAUCCUUGUGGGCGUGCUGAGGGCGCUCAAGGCGGUGCAGAGCCACGGGCUGGUGCACGGCGACCUCAAGCCCAGCAACGUGCUGCUGGGGGCCGCCUACGAGCCCCGAGUGGGCGACUGGAGCCUGGUGCGCAUGGGGCAGCGCGUGCACCAGGAAGGAUCCCUGACAGGCGGGAUCAGGGAAGACAGCGAGGGGGGGAGCAGGGGUGGCAGCAGUAGCAGCAGUGGGCAUUGGACCGAGAGAAGCAGGAAUGGUGUCAGCGCUGGUGGCGUGGGGCAGGCGAGUGUGCUGCGGUGCACGGAGGGGCAUGUGGAUCCCAUGGUGCUGCAGAGCGGCCUUGCCACCGCCACAGCUGACAUGUACAGUGUGGGCGUGGUACUGCUGCAGCUGCUCACGGGGUGGGCUGCUCCGUUCAAGCUACUGGAUGGGCAGCGCACGCACAUUUGUGCGAGUGGGGGGUUCAGCGGUGGUGCGCUGGGGCGCAGGCUGGCAAUGCUGGGCGCCGAGGACAGCCGGGAGUUCGUGGUGUAGACCAAGGUGGGGGGGUGGGGGAGGCGUUAUCUGCCCCAUGUCGCUGUCUUUCCCGUGUGCCUGGGCUGCGUGAGCUGGGAG